UGCCAUCUAAAGAAAAUUUAAAGUUUUUUAAAUGUCAACAUUGUCAACAAUUAGAAAUUAAAAUUUGUAAUUGAAAUAUUUCACGUUUUAAUUAUUUACAGUAUAGUGAGCAGUUUCUGAAGAAAAACUUUGUUAGUUAUCGUGUUAAUAAUAUUUGCUCAGAGUUCUUGUUUUACAAAAACUAAUAAACUUCAAUGGAAAGUCUAUUUGAGGUUAUGUUUCAGUAAUAUUGUUAACGUUUUUUUCUGUUUACAAACUAUAAAAUUAAAUAUAAAAGAGAUAAAAUGAACAAAGUGGAUUCAUUUAUUGCUAUUUUAAAAGAAAAAAAUAAAUUGAAAAAAGAAAAAUAUGAAUUAGAAGAAAAUGAUAAUGACAAAGAAAAAACAAAAAUGAUCAACGACGUUGUUGAAACAACUGAAAAUUUGAUUCAAACCAAAGAAAAUAUUGCGAAAAAUCUGAAUUUUUUAAUAUCAAAUAAACAUUCAAUAUAUAAAGUAACUCAGGAAGUUGAGACAACAAAAGGUCUUCCAAUUUCUUCUGAAUAUCAACAGCAAGCUUUGGAUCUUAUUACAAAUAGCAUUACCUUUUUAAAUAAUGUUCAAGAUACGCAAAGAAUUCUAGAAACGGAUAAAAAUUUAGAACUUUCAAAACCUGCAAGUGAUAUCGUACGAAGUACAAGAACAAUAGAGAAUGAAUUAAAGAAAUUAAGGUCUUCUUACAAUCAAAUUGAGGCCUUGCAGUUAAAAGUAGAGCAACUGAAAAGUACUCUUUUUAUUCCGGAAAGUGAAACUCAACAGGAUUUAGAAGAUUCCUUAUAUAUAAAUACAUAAGAAUAUAAUCGAAAUAUUGGCUGGAUGCAUCCAAUUUAUUGUCAAGGUCCAAUUUCAAUAAAAUCAAUUGAGGAUCCACAA